CUGGCUGGCAAACGCGAGGUUAACAACAGCGGACGACAAGAAGACAUUGGGGCUCAAGGCAAAUGAAUAGAACAUAAAGUUCGUUGUUGGAAAAAUCGUCAAAAUUAUUUUCAGCAAACUCGAGCAAAAGAGAAAUUAAGCCGUAGUUAUAAAGGGAAUAACAAUCUAAGGAAAACUUUAAUGUUAGAACAUUUUAAAUUAAGACGAAAGACUAUAAAGUUGUUGGUGUAGUGUACAUGCAAGAUUUUGUUUGCCGGAGAAAGUGCUGCGAUUUUCAUUAGUUUAUUGGAGACCUUUGGACAAAUUUUCUCAGCGAAUUUUAAUGGGCCAAUUUUUAUUUGGUAUUCAAGGAGUAAAGAUGAGUGUUCCGAUAUAUUCAUAAAUUUAAGUUGAAGUUACAGCAUAGUUUAGAUGAUUGCCGACUUUCCUUUCCCAAUCCGUGCCAAACAUUUGAUACAUUAUUUUCCUACAUACUGUGAGAGGUUGCAUACAGUGGGCUGUAUGGCUGACUGCAGCCGAUGUUCUUAAUUGAAGUCUGCCCUUAGCAACAAAGUGUUGAAUAAUUAAAUAUCUCAUACACACAUUUCGAUACAUCAGCAGCUCAACUGAGCUCCUAACGAACCACCGAAUGAACGAAAAAUAACAAAGACGAGGCAAUUAGGCCCAGUAAAUUUGUAAAAAAUUCCCUUUAAAUUUUAAAGUUGCUUUAUCUUCGCUGUGACAGUCAGUCAGUCGCUCGGUCUCGCAAGUUCGGUGUGCAAUUAUUUUUGUGCCGUCUUUUGCCUUUUGUUUUCUGUCUUCUUCGAAAGAUAUAACCGAAGAAAGCCAAGGCACUCACGCGUGAGUGCCUGCACCGAACAAAACUACUAGCGUUUGUUUGUUUUUAUUGUUGCUGGUGAAAAAGACGUUUUUGCAACUUUUUGACAUAGCGCGUCUCAACUCUCUUUUUUUUUUCCUUUUAAGACCUGUCAAACAAACCACCGCACAAUAAAUCUAAGGCCGUGUGUUUGACAGCGAAAAACACGACAACGACUGCUACAGGCAAAUAACAGCCAUGUUGCGCCUUUAAGUAAUGAGACGAGAAAAAACUAAAAUUGUCAAAUAAGUUUCGCAUAUAACAACGAAAACCGAGAAUACCAGUACAAGACCCCAAUGAAACUAUAAGCAGCCGUUCAACCUCCGCACACAACUCGCACCCAAAGACCCAAACCACUCAGUCAUUACUAUUAGCUCAAUAGCCAGAGUGUGCGUGUGUGCUAGAAUGAUGGCUUUCAUGGUAGGCGGCAUAUGAGAGCUGCUUUUCGUUUGGGAGAGUGUCAUCAACUAAAUGCUAGAGAAAAAAAACGAGCAGCAGUGCCUAAAGCAACAAAGAAACUUUGACAAACAAGAAGCGGCGGCAUGCCAGUGCAACAAACAGCAGCUGUGGGAAGUGCCGUAUUAAUUUGUUGCGACGACUUUUAGUUUUUGAAAACUCAAACAAAAAAAUUGUGAUAACCAAAAAACAGGCAAAGAAUUUUUAAAGUGUUUGUUUGGUGCAAGUUUGGUCUGGUAAUCGCGAAGCAAUAACUGCUCACAAUUUCAUAAAAUAGCAGACAAUCCAUAUCCAUACAAAACGAAAGGAACGUCCGACAUAAUUGAGAUUUGUAUUGGAAAAAUAUAAACGCCAACACGUUACCACUAAGUCCGUCGACCGAAACUGCUGUAGAAGCCACUGCAAUCGAUGAUCAAUGUCUUUAUAGCAUUUGUUCCCACGAAGGCGACGACGACGCGGCUAGCACACAAACACAUCGAAGCCGGCUUAAUCACAACGAACACCAGCAUCAAGCAUCCACGCCACCGCCGCCGCCUCCAUCUCUCUUCAAGUCAUCACCGACAAGCGCUUCUUUAACCCCGCUUUCUACAACACAUUCAACAUCAGCAGGCGCAAACGCAGACGCUUCGAAUUUAUCAACCUCAGCUCCAUCAUCAUCGCGCAACGUUUUGAUCGGUUUGGAUAAUUUGUUCUCGUCGCUCCUAAUUAAAAUGGAAGUAUUGUCGGUACAAAAUCAUCAUCUUCAAAAGCAGUUUGGCGUCAUCGGUUCAACGAAGGUUAAAAAAGACUGGACUAGUUCACUUACACCUCCAUCGCCGGUGGCGGCCACUGCAUCACCAACAUCGCCAUCAUCAACAACGACCAAUACCUUUACAAACGACACCUUCCAUCAUCACCAGCAGUAUUGUCAUAGCCCCAUUGAGGAACACUUUGAUGUGGUAGAUGGUAUCAAACCACAACAAAAUCAUACUCACUUCUUCUGUUCCCCUUCCGUCAACACUGCGGGCUACUCCUCACCAUUUGGUCAGCAGGCACAUUCGUUUGCCAUGGAGACGGCUGCUGCAGCGACUCCACCACCAAAAGGCGGCAUUGAGACCCCAAGCGGGGCUCACUACUCGUACAACAAUAAUCUGCUUUAUUGUGCAUCGGAUAGUACCCCAGCAUCGGCGGUGGUAAACAGAGGAGCUACGCCAAAAUCAUACCAUAAGCGCUGCAACAGCAGCAAUGGUUUUGUGGGGGCGUUUCCACCAUCACCAGCCUCAUCGAAUCUCUCCACACCCACCGAGGCCACCGAACAUUAUGGCAUUGGAGAGCAUGACGAUAUUGAUGCAGCUGCUGUUAAUGAACUUUCGGAACGUUUGCAGUCUGAAUUACGUGCGGCAAAAAGUCGUCAUUUAUCAUGCACCGAAGUCUCACUGCCAUGGGAUCUCACGCCGCGUAUUGCCGCUGAUAUGAUAAAAACCUCCGAGAGGGAACCUUGCGGAGUGCGUGGCUGUGCAAUUUUCAUCGAUUUUGAAGAUGAGACAGGCAAUGCCAGGCGCAUUGCAUCUUUCAAAGUUGAUCCAACUACAGUAUCAACAUUCGAAUUGUUUUUAACACUGAAACAAGACAAAGGCGGUUGGACUUCUCUAUUGCCACAAUUUCUUAAAAAUUUAACACGCAGCAGCACUAUACUCAUAAGUCCACAUUUUACAUUGAACAAACAUAAGCUUUAUGCCUGUGAGUAGCAACUUUUUAAAGAAAAAAAAAAAUCCACCUAAUAUGUACAAAAAUUACAAUAACAAAAAAUAACACACGAGAAAGAAAACUAAUCCAAUAAGUAUCAUCAUUAAUAUAAGUCAUUUAUUAAAACAAAAAAACUAAAAAAAA